GAAAAGUAUCACGGCAUCGACAUGUUUAUGGAAAAUCUUUCAAACUCUAACACAUUUAUAUUUCGCGCUUUUAAUGGUCUCGUCAAACGCCCAAUGCACUUCUGUAGCCUACGUCGUUUAACGUCGUGUUUCUGGCUGGCAUCUCAUGACCAAGAAAAACGCGGAAACGAUGGUUAUUUUUGGUUUCAGCGGCCGGUGUGCAGUAAAUGAUAUUGUUACUGUGGGUAAUACAAGUGUUUAGGGCAGUUGUUGACAGAAAACGUAACAAAUGGAGGAUGAAGAAAGAUUAUGCAUGUCCAGCUGUUGUUCGGACUGGAUGUCCGAGAUGCCCGCGGGUUUUUGGGACAUACCGCUGUGGAAUCUCGCUAUCCCCGGAAGUCACGACACCAUGACUUACUGUUUAGACGAGCGGUCCUCAGUACUGAGGUCUUCACCGAGAGUACUGCGAGUCUUAGACACAUGGUUUCCUUGUAUCGUUCGGCCCUGUAUAAUCAAAUGGGCGACAACACAGGGUGAUAGCAUCUCUAACCAGUUGGAUUUAGGCAUUCGCUUUCUCGAUUUAAGAAUAGCUCAUAAGAUAAAAGACCCUGAUAAAGUUUUCUACUUUGCGCAUGGGAUCUACUCUCUUCUGACAGUGAAGGAGGUGUUGACAGAAGUUGCUCGCUGGUUAGAUCAACACACAAAGGAAGUGGUCAUUAUUGCAUUUUCUGCCUUUGAUGGCAUGAACCUGGAUCGACACAAAGACCUCAUUCGAUUCCUCAUUGACACGUUUGACAGUAAAAUUUGUCCCAAUCAUAUCAUACCCUCACUACAGCAGUGUUGGAAUCACAAUUACCAGGUUAUUCUGUCAUAUGAUGACUCCGCUGCAUCUGAAUAUGACGAAUUGUGGCCACAGUGUGAAUAUUGGUGGGCAAACACGUCGGAUCCGAAACAUGUCAUAGCCUACCUGGAGGAGAAAAAAACGGAAGGAAGACCAGGUCAGUUUUUUGCUGCUGGUCUGAACCUAACUGAGGAUGCCAAGUACGUUCUUUCUCAUCCGUGCCAGUCAUUACAAAGCAUGACCUUGAGCUCCUAUAGUCUACUUCUGAACUGGGUCAAGCAGCAGUGUCCAGGCCCGGGCAAAUCAUGCGUCAACAUCAUCUGUGCAGAUUUUGUGGGGGCAUUCAGGAAUGAAUUCACCCAGAUGGUUAUUGGACUCAAUCAAGCACUCUUAAAAGAGGCUUGACCCUCAAAUCUGCCGCGAACAUUACAUACAAACGUAGCGUCUUUAUUACAGUGUAUCUUGUUAUAUAUAAUAGAAGCCUUUUUUAAUGUUUACAUAUUAAUAUUUUUUUAGACUUUUAUGACAGUCCCUAAACCGUGAGGAAACAAUGUUUAGUGCAACGCUGCCAUCUACAGGCGGUCCAUAUUAAGGUCCUUGUUUGAUACAUGUCUCAAAAUAGUUCCUUGCAACUUGACGGUUACAUUAAACUGUAGAAAUGUCCAAAACUA